GGCACCGCCGGUGAGGCAGGGGCGGCGGCGUGGCUGCGGGGAUGGGGUGGGAACACCUUCAUCGUGGGCUUGAUGAGCUCUGAUUUAUUGACUGUUUUCAUUGUAGUCCUGCAGAACAAAACUUUCUGCAGUUCCAUUAAACUUUACUGUAAUUUUAAAAUUUAUUUUUUAAUAUAUCUUUUGUCUCUGGCUGAAGCUGGAGAGCCUGCGGCCAGCCCCUGCCCCUCGCCGGGGCACAAGAAGCCGAGUCCCGUGUACGCUGCCCGUCCACAGCCGCGGGGCUUUCGGGGGCUUCUGCGGGGGCACAGCCCCGGCAAGGCGCGUACUGCAGCUCGACACCCGAUGCACGGCUCCGGGUAUAUAAAGAUAUAAUGUAGACAUAAAAAUGUAGAUCCUUUCGUGCAUGUACAUAUAUGCGUUUCUAUAUACUGGGAACUCCGUUUCCACGUCUCUGGACCUGCGUGUGUAUCGCGCCUUGCUGAGCCACUGGUAAAGAGAAGACCUGACGCAUAAAGCCCUGCCAAUGUGUGAAACUGUGACAUACCAGGAAACAUGGGAUAUCCUAUCACUCAUCUCUUGCAAGCCAUGUGGACUGGGACAGGACCAUUGAGGAUACAACUGCUUAGCUCUGUCACUGCUCUGCAUCUUCCCUGAGGCCUGGAUAGUUCUGCUGGGAGGAUUUAAAAUAAAAUGAAAGUGUGAAAUAAGGCACACUGGUGCCUGGAAGGACCCUGGUGUGACAGCCACAUGGUGCAUCUCUGUUCUGAAGGACUGGGAUGCAAAUUAGCUUCGGCUGGGAUGCUCUUUUGAUGCAGCUUCCAUUUGGACAUCUCUGGAGUCCGUCCUGUGACCCUGAAACCUCCACUGGAUGCUUUUCUGCUCCUUCUUCUGCUCCAACCCUAUCUCAACACAUUGAGACAUCUAUUUGAAAACCAUUUGUCAUUUGAGCUCUGCUGUGUGACAGAUGCAGGGGCUUUAAUCCAGGAUGAAUGAAUGCUAUUAUGACAAGCGAAUGGACUUUUUCUAUAACAAGACAAACACUGACACAGUAGAUGAGUGGACAGGGACCCAGCUUAUUGUUGUUCUGUGUUUUGGGACGUUUUUCUGCCUCUUCAUUUUCGUUUCAAAUUCACUGGUCAUAGCAGCUGUGGUCAAGAACAAGAGGUUUCAUUUUCCCUUUUACUAUCUCCUGGCCAACUUAGCUGCUGCUGACUUUUUUGCUGGAAUUGCCUAUGUCUUCUUGAUGUUCAACACAGGCCCAGUGUCGAAGACAUUAACUGUGAACCGCUGGUUUUUGCGUCAGGGACUUCUGGACACCAGCCUGACAGCUUCCCUGGUGAACCUCCUGGUCAUAGCUGUCGAGCGGCACAUGUCAAUCAUGAGGAUGAAGAUCCACAGUAACCUCACCAAGAAGAGAGUCACCUUUUUAAUUAUAUCCAUUUGGGCCAUUGCUAUUUUCAUGGGUGCUGUUCCUACCCUGGGUUGGAACUGCCUCUGUGACAUUACCGCCUGCUCAUCCCUGGCACCUAUUUACAGCAGAAGUUACCUGGUGUUCUGGAGUGUCUUAAACCUUGUCGUCUUCUUCAUUAUGGUGGUGGUUUACAUAAGAAUCUACAUGUAUGUCCAAAGGAAAACUAACGUUUUGUCGUCACACACUAGUGGAUCCAUUAGCCGUAGGAAAACCCCUGUGAAGCUCAUGAAGACUGUCAUGACUCUCUUAGGUGCCUUUGUUGUCUGCUGGACUCCUGGCCUGGUUGUCUUACUGCUUGAUGGUCUGAACUGCACCUACUGUGGAAUUCAGAAUGUUAAAAGGUGGUUUCUUCUCCUGGCCCUGUUGAACUCUGUCAUGAAUCCAGUAAUUUAUUCAUACAAAGAUGAUGAGAUGUGGGUUACCAUGAAAAGGAUGAUUUGCUGCUCCUCUGAGAUUAAGAGUCAGGAAAGACGGUCGUCACGGAUUCCCUCAACAGUUCUUUGCAGGAGCACAGAUACCUCAGGGCACUACAUUGAAGAUGGCAUUAUUCAAGGGACCAUUUGUGGAAAAGGAGAUCUUGGUAACAAAGGAAACUCUUGAGCUAUUCAAGAGACUGACUUGGCUGGAAAAGAUGGGGGGAAGGGAGAGGUUUUGUAAGAGAAGAUUGACUGGCAAAGCUAGUAAACAAUAUAUCCACUUUGUUCCAGAGUCUAAACUCCAGUGUUAACAAAAGAUCUUAUAAAUAAUUGCCUGAUGGAAAAACACUUUGUAAUGAAGAAAACUUUCUGUGCUGCCAUCUUUCUCUUUUUCUUUUUUUUCUUUAAAGUACAUGAAAUUGUUUUUUUCAUGUGAAUGGAAUAAAUACAUCUCCGAGACUUCCUGUGCAUGGAAGAAACAAAAUGUAAGCAAUGUAGUGAGACCCUCCUUAAGCCCCUGCAAAGAGAAUAAACCUGCCUCGCUGUGGAGGCUUGGCAUUCUUUGAGUAUUUAUGCUUUGAACAGUUUCUGUGAUCUUGAGGAGGAUCAUUGUCUUGGUUGGACACAAUUGCGACUUGUUCCCUUGAUUUAUGAAGUUCAUGAAAUAGUGCAUACUUACUUUGCCUGUUCCUCCUCCUUAUCUUGUUUUCAAAAGAGGUAGCUUGAAGAUUUGUUAAAGCUAUGCCAGGAACCUGGCUGUGAUGGGAAGCCCAGACCAGACACCAGUGUGCGUGAGUAUUCUGACUGUGGAUUGUCAGGAUCUGAGAGUGCAAAAAGCACAAAACCCAUUAUUACUUCCAUAGUGGAGUGAACGCUGCAAGGAGAUACAUUGCACUCUGCUGCUGCCUUUGAGAAGGCAGACACUGAGGGUGGAUUAACAAGGAGAGCAGUGUGGCUGUGUUUAUUUUACUCCCCCUGAUAACAUCAAAUGGGUGUGCUCACCCCUCUUCAACCACUAUGCUGAAUGAAAUCCAAAAUUCUUGUUUUAAGAGGGCAAAAUUUUAAGGAAAGUUUAAAUAUACAUAUAUACAGGUUCAAACAAGCUAUCUCAAAUAAAAAAAUAACUUACAGGAAAAACUCCUGAAACCAACCUCAGCUCAUACAAAAAGUACAGUACGCAUUGAUUGCCUGACCUUGUCUGGACCACAUUUAACCUCUGAUUUGCAAGCAGAUCUUAACUGGAAAGUACUUGAGGAAGAAGUCAUGAAACAGCAAGAAUUGAAGGGCUUUCAGCAUUAUGACUAAUCAAGCCUAGUGUUAAUGCAGCCACAGCCCUAAAAGCUAAAGUUUUUACUUAUGGAGCAUGCUGUAAUGGAGGAUCCAGCAAUUUAAAGCUCUAGGGUAAAGUCUUUAGAUUUAAACUUGAAAUUAAAUAUUGGAAUGUAGCUUUCUUGGUACAUUAAAAACCUGGGUCUUGCUGUUUGGUUUCAGUAGCAGUGAGCUCCCUGCUGCCUGUCUAGAAAAAGUCUGAUCCCUGGUAUUAAAGCUGGUGACCAUUACCUAGGGUCACCACUUGAGCUUGUCAGAGAACAACACCAAGAGCAUAUUGUAAUGAUCAGCUGCAGUUUGGGCAAAUUCUUCCUUUGGUGCAGCUUGCAUGCAGAUAUCUAGACUCUGUUGUUCAAAACAGAACCAGCACCUGGCUGAAAAGCCAAGCUGCAGUUUUAUAGCAGGCACUGGGGGAUUUCAUAGCAGGCCUUAGCUUAGGAACACAGCAAGCCUCUGUUGGGGCAGCUCUUCUGUAACACCAGUGGCCUUGUAGGGAAAGGGCCUAACGUUUCAGGUAGAUGCUGUAUUUGAGUAAUGCUAAAAAGGUUUACACAUUUUUUAAUUUUUUUUUGCCGUUAUAAUGCAAUGUUCUUGUGCAAAUACUACUUCAUUAGUUUGGUGUUUUGAAAAGUAUGUAAAGUGGUGCUUUCUAGAGCUGGUGGCAUUGCAAAGGCAUAGCAUGCAAACAUUCCUGUCCCUACAGCUAUUCACAGUGUGCAGUUUGUGGCUGAA